AGUUCAAGACCAUUUGAGUCGGUUUUUCCUCUAUUGCGGAAGAGUCCAUGUAAACGGACAGGGAUUGCAAAUUAAAGUUUUCAGUAAUAUUCAGUUAAGUUUGCGACUAUCCUGAAAUAUGCAGAACUACGUCGACGGUGUCAAGGAAUUUGUAGAGAACCAUGUGAUUGCUCUCACUGUUACCUUUGUUGCAGUGGUCGGUGUGCUGGCCCUACGUAGAUGGAUGGCAGGGGGAGUGUGUCGGAGCAAGGCUAGGCUUGAUGGGAAAACAGUCCUUAUCACAGGAGCCAACACUGGGAUUGGGAAGGAGACGGCCCUGGAUAUGGCUCAGAGAGGGGCCAGAGUGAUUCUUGCCUGCAGGGACAUGACCAGAGCCCGCAUUGCAGCAGAUGACAUUCGACAGCGGAGUGGGAACGGCAAUGUGGUGGUAAAGAAACUGGACCUUGCCUCGCUGCAGUCUGUCAGAGACCUGGUCAAAGAUGUCCAGGAGAACGAGGAGCGCUUGGACAUCCUCAUUAACAAUGCAGGUAUUAUGAUGUGCCCUAAGUGGGAGACUGAAGAUGGCUUUGAAAUGCAGUUUGGUGUCAACCACCUGGGACAUUUUCUCCUCACCAACUGUCUGCUUGACCUGCUGAAGAAAUCCGCUCCAAGUCGCAUUGUCAUUGUUUCUAGUGUAGCACACCAGAAAGGCCGUAUGCACUUUGAUGACAUCAAUCUUGAUAAAAGCUACAGUCCUGAACAGAGCUACCGCCAAAGCAAGCUAGCUAAUAUUCUUUUCUGCAGAGAGCUGGCUAAAAGACUGCAAGGCACCGGUGUGACAGCGUACAGUCUUCAUCCUGGGGUCAUCCGCACAGAGUUAGGCCGCCAUUUUCUCUCUACUUUAGCUAUGUGGAAGAAGAUGAUACUUAUGCCGUUUUUAUUGCUGAUCAAAAGUCCCUGGGAAGGAGCCCAAACCACCAUCUACUGCGCUGUGGACGAGAGCCAGGCAGACGUCAGCGGUCUCUACUACAGUGACUGUGCCGUCAAACAGCCGAGACCACAGGCCCUGGAUGAUGCUGCAGCCAAGAAGCUGUGGGACCUCAGUGCUUCCAUGGUUGGUCUGGGUUAAACACAGCAGCCUGAUGUGCAUUUAUCAGCUCUUCCUCUGAUCUCAUAGACACGAAUAAUUUGCACAAAAAUUUGCACUAUUUCCUCUAGGUACCAAAUGAAGCUGUUUUUCAGAGUCGGAUGAUAAUUGACAUAUAAAAGUAAUACUCUCCUUUGUUUACUGUGAGAUCAAUUGAUUGAGACUAGAUAGUUUGUCUCCUCAUCUCCUGAAGUUAUGUCUGCUGGUUUGUUAAUAUUCGACUGUUCUAUCACUUUUAUUGCCCACUAAUGCCAAUAUCUGUAAAAUAUAAAACCACUAUUUUGCAUGGUUUUUCCAGACUCAAAUUCAGGAUGAUCUGUGGCUGCUUCCUUUCUUAGCCAUUAGCAUAGCCUGAGCCACUGUGAAAGCAGGUCCUGUUUUGUGUUGAUAGCUGUGCUUCUUGCUAAGUUUCUGAAUGUUGUCUUUGCUGUUUCAAAUGUAUCUGCCAGUUAGAGAAGACAGACAGAUAAUAAAGUUGGAAAAAUGCCAGAUAUUGGACCUGAUAAUCAGCCAGAAGAUCCCUGAUUUGUUCAGAUAAGGUACAUUGCUUUAUCUUCAUGUUUGUACAUUUUAAUAUUUGUGGUUAAUUGUAUACUUCUGCUAUGCUGCUUUAUCUAUAUUAAAACAAGGUUUGCUGACAAA